AUAUAGACAAAGGUCUCUAUUUGUCAUUUGGCUUCCUUGUCUUCAAAAUGACAUGGUGGCAAGGAACAGUUGAGAAUGAAGGUUGCUCAUCAUUUCAUGUACCAGACAAAAGAAAUGGGCUCCCCUCAUCACCUAUCUUUCUAUCCACGAUCUAUCUCUUUUCAAGUCUACUGAAUUUACCAUCUUCCAUAUUUUUCACCAUUUCAUUCUUUGACAUGACAUGAACACCAGACCAUUUCAGAACUAUGUUUUGUUUCUCCCUACCCUCUGUCCAACACAAUCCCACAUACCUCAGUUGCUCCAAUAACCAUAGCCUUACAUCUUAAAAAAACAUAAGUCAGGACUAUCCUACAAAACAACAAGCAUGGCUACUUUCUUCAUGGCAAAGAGUACUCCUAGAAGCAGCAACAUUGGAUCAUCAUCAGCAUCACCGAUAGUUAAGCUGGCUGAUGACCAUCUCUUCACAAUUAUGCUUCUGCUUCCUGUAGAUUCACUUAUCUCCUUUGCCAUGACUUGCAAAAGGUUCAGGUCCUUAACAACUUCUGAUACACUGUGGGAGUCCAUAUGCAGGAGGGAGUGGGGGUCCACAUCAGUGGAUGCCUUCAAGUCUUCUAUCAAUACCAACAACAAUCAGCAGUUGCCAUGGAUGAGGUUAUACAAGCAGGUGUCUCAGCUUGACUCAUUUUCUUGCCAUAAACUGCCUGACCCAGAUAGUGACUUGAUGCUCCCAACUCCCAGGGCUUCUCACUCUCUCAACUUUGUAUCUGAUUGCCUGGUCUUGUUUGGUGGUGGCCGUGAAGGAGGGCGAGAUCUCGAUGAUACAUGGGUGGCAUACAUAGGUAAAGAUUUUCAAAGAAUGCUAAAAUGGCAGAAGGUUACCUCAGGAAUUCCGAGUGGGAGAUUUGGGCAUACUUGCGCCGUCAUUGGCGAAAAUCUUGUGCUUUUUGGAGGAAUUAAUGAUCGUGGGAUGCGUCAAAAUGAUACAUGGGUGGGGCAAGUAGUACUUGGUGAGAACCUUGGUAUAACAACAUUGUCAUGGAGGCUGCUUGAUGUGAGCUCCGUAGCACCACCACCCCGUGGGGCUCAUGCUGCUUGUUGCAUUGAUAAAAGGACAAUGGUCAUCCAUGGAGGCAUUGGAUUGUACGGCCUUAGAUUGGGAGAUACUUGGAUUCUAGAACUUUCAGAGAAUUUCUGUUCUGGAACGUGGAUAGAGCUGGUGGCUCAUCCAUCACCUCCACCUCGUUCAGGACACACAUUGACAUGUAUCGAAGGAACAGGAACUGUUCUAUUUGGAGGAAGAGGUUUGGGGUAUGAUGUGCUGCAUGAUGUCUGGCUCUUGCAAGCGUCUGAGGAUCAACUCAAGUGGGUACAGAUGCUCUAUAAUUUGCAAGACAUACCUGAAGGAGUCUCCCUCCCGCGAGUUGGCCACUCAGCCACACUAAUUUUGGGAGGUCGGCUGCUAAUCUAUGGAGGUGAAGAUUCACAGAGACACAGGAAGGGAGAUUUUUGGGUGUUAGAUGUUAGUAAGAUCCCAUCAAUUAAAGAGCAGUCAACUCCAUUAAAUUCAAGGGGAUUACAAGCAAAUAUGUGGAGAAGGCUCAAGGCAAAGGGUUAUAAACCCAACUGCAGAUCAUUCCAUCGAGCCUGUGCAGAUCAUUCAGGGCGUCGCUUGUACGUUUUUGGUGGAAUGGUGGAUAGCUUACUUCACCCUGCCGAAGCAUCUGAGUUGAGGUUUGAUGGGGAGCUCUUUCUGGUAAAAUUUGAGCUGGAAACAGGAGCAGUAAGGUGCUGAGUUAACAUAAGAGUGUUUCCAAAUGAUCACUCAAAAGGCCAUAAUUCCUAGCCCUGUAGAUGGUAGCCCUCAUGCAGCUCAAUCAUCUGCUUUGUACAUGUUUCAUGAAUAAAAUAUGAAUAAUGCUAGACUAUGCCUAUUUUAGACAAAUCUUGAGGGAGGCCAUGGAAGUGAUCCAUAUUGAGUCACUGCCUCCAGGAUCAGAAUGACAAUCAUCAGCCUCGGCCUCAUUUUUCCGUCAA